CGUUAAAAUUCAGCAGAAAAGGAAUGCCAGAAGCUAACGCAUCUUUGUCUUUCGUACUAACGACGAUUUCUUCUGAGCCUGUUCCGCUAAAAUGGACGUUACGCGUUUUAUAUAUCUUUGUGUUUGUCGUGGGCAUUGCUGGCAAUGUGAUCGUGUGUGCUGCGGUGUUGAAACGCAGGCGUCUUCGAACAAGUAACAACCUUUUCACUUUCAAUCUCGCUUGUGCUGACCUCAUCGUUGUAACGAUUUACGUCCCGACGCAGAUGACAGCUUUUGAGAACGAACACAACUGGGCCUUGGGGGACAUUAUGUGUAGGAUUGCCUACAUCAUCAUUCCGCUAUGUUUGUCGGCCUCUAUUGGUUCUUUACUGGCCAUAACAGUUAACCGUUACCGUGCAAUAGUUUCCCCACUGGCGGCAAAACUGACCAAGAGAGAAAUUCAGGGGAUUAUCAUUGGCAUUUGGAUCACAUCUCUAGUCGUAGCUUUGCCAAUUAUUUUUGUAGCGGGAGAGGAAAGGAGUAGCAAUGGACAGGUGUACUGCUCGGAGCCAGGCUGGCCCAAAGAUUCAGCAAUUGAUAAUGUUUAUUGGAUCUCUAUUUUUGUUCUUCAGUACAUAACACCUCUUGUUGUUAUCUGUGUUUUAUCGACCAUUGCUGCUUGUAAACUUAGAAGAGACGUCCUGUUUAACCGCACAAAAAGAGAGUCUCUUGUCAUCACAAAAGCUGUAAGAAAGCGAAUGCAGCAAGGUACUAAAAUAACUAAAAUGCUUUUUGUACUCGUAAUUAUUUAUGCCAUUUGUAUGCUGCCCCAGCAUGUUGUGUACUUUUGGAUGGAAUAUGGGAAUCUUAACCAGAUGGGAUUCAAAAUGUAUAUCUUUAGAUUUUCGAAUGUAUUUCCCAUGGCAAAUUGUGCGUUAAAUCCCAUCGCAUAUGGGACAUUGAAUAAGGAGUUCAAAGUGGUUUUUGAGGGCCUGUUGAAACGCAAAUGGAAUUACAAAUUUACAAUUUGCUUCAAUCAAUAUCGCGAGGAGAUCACUGAAGAAAAAGGGGAUUCCGCCAUUUCCCUAAAGCAGAUUUAACAUACAUUCGCCAAGCUAUUGAAAAUGUUUAAAAGGAAGUGGAAUUGUUCUUUAGAAAAAUGAAAACCUAUCGUCUCCAUUUCAUGUCUGAAAUAUAAAUGGAAAAUUGUACAUGGUAAUUGGGUAUAUCCAGGUCUUAUAUGAUCGACCACUAGAUUGUUCUUGGAAAAAACUAUAAGCCGUGUAAUAAAUUUUAGCAUUAAGUUUUGUUGAGCGAUGUAUCAAUUGACCGAUCAUAAUUCGAUUUAAAUUUGAAUUUAAAGCGAAAGCCAACAUUAAUCAGAACUUUUCAGCUGCGCCAGGGAUUGAGCGUGUUUACGAGAACUCUACCAAUGUAAAAUAGCCGAGCUAAAAAGAAAGAACUUCCUACUGAGGAAAAGUGGUCAAAAAUUUGUCCGUCGGUUACCUUCUGUCGCUAUUUGCAGUCAAUGUGUACAAAUCGAAUAAAAACUUCAAAUUUUAGUAUUAACUGAGAACACCGACCACACCACUAAAUGAGACAAUUUAUGCAAAGUUCAGAUGCGUUUGCAUGGUCAAAACAUUUCUUUCUACACAGUAUGCCCUCUCUAAAGCUGAAAAAAAGUCGUUAGAGUUCAACUGCCAGAGUCAGAAGUCGUGCGGAGGUAGAAGAGAUAUUUUGUGCUUUCGGUACUACAUGCUGAUCGUUUUCACAAAGCUUGAGGCUCAUUAAUGACCGAUUUUUCUCAU